AAGUAUUUUUUUUUCGUUACAAAAAUAUUGCUCGAUCAUUCGAUUCAAAAAAUGGUAAACAGUACAUCGACUAUUUGUGAACAAUUAUUCUGUGAUUCUGUUAUUGAUAAUGAUGAACAAAAAUUUGUUGAAAAAACAAUGACAAUGAAUUUUGAUAAUAAACAACAAGAACAGCAACAAGAAUCUGACAAUGAUAAUGUAUAUCGACGACAAAUCGUUUGGCGUAAUGUAAUUGCAAUGACAAUAUUACAUUUAAUGGCUAUUUAUUCAUACAUUUAUUUUGGUCUUGAUCGUCGUAUCACUUGGUAUGUUUUAUUCUGGCCAGAUAUUCUUGCACGAAUUUCAGCAUUAGGUGUAUUAGCCGGUAGUCAUCGGUUAUGGUCACAUAGAUCAUAUCGUGCACGAUUACCAUUACGAAUAUUUUUAAUGAUUCUACAAACAAUGGCAUUACAGAAUGAUAUCUAUGAUUGGUGUCGUGAUCAUCGUCUUCAUCAUAAACAUAGUGAUACUAAUGCUGAUCCAUAUAAUGCACGUCGUGGUUUUUUUUUCUCACAUAUGGGCUGGCUAAUGGUACGUAAACAUCCAGAUGUUAUCCGUAAAGGAAAAACAAUCGAUUUAACUGAUGUUUGGGCUGAUCCAGUUGUUCGUUUUCAACGACGUUUCUACAUUCCAUUGGUAUUAUUAAUAUGGGGUAUAUUACCAACAUAUUUCUGUCAUUAUGUAACCGGAUAUACGAUGGUUGAUUGUUUUUUGGGCGCCGUUAUUGUUCGUUAUGUUCUAUCAUUACAUUAUGCAUGGCUUGUGAAUUCGGCUGCACAUCUUUAUGGUUAUAAAAUGUAUGAUCAAUCAAUGGAACCAAGAGAAAAUCGUAUGGUCGUGUAUGCCAGUAUGGGUGAAGGUUAUCAUAAUUAUCAUCAUACAUUUCCAUGGGAUUAUUCAGCAAGUGAACAUGGUUGGUCUGAAUGUUUCAAUAUAACCACUGCAUUCAUCGAUCUAUGUGUAUGGCUAGGAUUGGCUUAUGGUCGUAAAAAAGCUAAUGAAAAAAUCAUACAAAAACGUAUCGAACGUACUGGUAAUCGUGAUUAUUAUCGAAAAUAUUAUGGUCCAGGAACAUUGGCUGAUUAUUCAUUAGGAAUAUUAUCAUCAUAUGGUUUUCUAUUCAUCACUUGGACAUUACGUUAUCUUAUCAAUGGACAGUUGUAAUUUUUUUUUCUUAUUUUAAAAUUUCAUCAAAACUUAUAUAUGUGGUAUAUAUUUAAAAGACGAAAAAAAGAAAAAAAAAUCUUUUCCAUGUAUAUGAAAAUGGAAAACUUUUAAAAAACUUAAUCAACCAUUGAAUCUGAAUCGAUCAAUAAAAAUAAAAUUGUAUUGGCUAA